AUAAAACCAUUUAUCGAUUCUGAUGUGGAAAACAAUAACUUACGUAAUUUAUUGAGGUUUUAUGUUUGUUUUAAAUCGGAGCAAGCCAUUUGAACACGUAGUUUCUGAGUGAUAAUGUACAGGAUUUUUUUAUUGUACAAAAUAAUAUGUUUCACCACAUGCUAUUCCUCGAACGAAGACGGGGUGAAUUCAAUUUACAAUAACAUAUUUAAGGCGGCUCAUGACAAUAUUAAUGAAAACUCAACAGCCGUAGAAGUGUCGCCAAUAUUUCCAGAUUUACGAUUACUCGAAAGCACUGACAGCCCAAAUGACGUCACGGCGCGCAACAUCAGCGACGACAUGGAAGAGUAUUCCAAUGAUACCCUGAACUAUACUGUGCCCUGGAACAUAUUCAUAGCAAUGCUAAUGCAAGAAUCCAUUGACCAAUUGACAGUAAUAAAAAAUAAUAUAAAUAGUAUUUAUCAAUUGGGUGCAACAGAAAUUAGGUCAGUGAAAAGUGCGUUUAAUAAUUCCGAAGAAGAUUUUGAAAAUAUGAUAUUGAAAAAAUAUAAAACAAUUAUGAAGUCGCAAACAAAUAAUAACGAUAAAGACUUCAUGUUAGAUUUUGUUGAAAUGGCUAUCACUUUUAUACAGAAGAUUGUCUCAUUUAAUCUCAAUUUGGUGAAAGGGAUGCUAGAUUCCCCGACGACGUGGUAUCACCAGAAGCUACGCGACAAGAUAUUGAGACAACAGAUGAAGAACACAAGCAACUACAUAAGAUUUCGCGUUUGCAAGGUUCUGUCGAUUUGCAGAGACAAAACGAAAUAUUCCGACUUCGCCCUGGAAUGGAUAAGAAAUGUUUUUGCUUUAUCUAAAUACGAGUUGGCGGAGUUUUUCGAAAUCGCACCUAAAGUGAUACAAGCACAUAGUGAUUUUAUCAAAUCUAAUGUGAAGUUCAGGCAAACAUUGAAAUAUAUUACUGUAUCCUCGGAAAUAGUCCAGAGGGAUACACUGGAUUUUCUAGACGAGGCUGUUGGUAAAGGUGAAAAAAUUUACAAUAAGGUGCCACAAGCUCUGCGGCCGGGUGCCAUGGCGCUCACUCGGCUCUUCGAUAUUAUUGAUGAAUUCUACCAGUUACACAAGAACGUUAGCGAGCUUGAAGAUAUAUCAGACAUACUUUCCAUGUGGAGCCAACAAGAAAUCAAUGUAUUUUAUGUUUUGGAUAGUAUAGUCAAGAAUAUGAGGGCGAAUAUAGCAAAAUGGCCGAAGAAGGAGAAAGAAAACGUUGAACAUGUUUGGUACCAAAUUACAGUGUUAUGAAAAUGAACAGUUCUACUAUAAUGUUGAUUAAAUUUAUUGCCUUGUUA